AUGUCACAAUUUGCAUAUUACAUAUAUGGAAUAUGUUUUCUGUUUUCAGAAUAUACGAUAAUAUUCAUAUCUAUCUAUCUAUCUAUCUAUCUAUCUAUCUAUCUAUCUAUCUAUCAAUUUGUUCAUAUCUAUCUCACGUCUCCCCUCAAACAUCUCACUCAACAUCCCGUCUCUCUUUCUUUCUCUCGCUCUCUCUUUCUCUUUCACUCUCUCUCUUUCUCUCUUUCUCUGUCUCCGUCUCUUCUCAUCCUCCUAUUCUACCACUUUAUUGCAUCCCUUUUAUCUUUUAACGUAUUCUCUCUCUCUCUCUUUCUCUCUCUCAUUUUCCAUAUUUUCUUUGUUCGUCCUUUACAUGCCUUCGAUUUAUUCACCCACUCUUUUUGUUCAUUUUCAUUCUCUUUUUACCUCUUUUCUUUCCUUUUGACCUUUCCCAUUCUUUAUCACCUUCCUCCUCCACCUUCUCCUCCUUCGCCGUUUGUUUUUCUUUUCUUUCUCAUUCCUCCACUAUUCUUCCUCCUACCCCAUCUUCCCCAUUUCUUUUCCUCUGACGUCAUUUCUUCUGUUCCCCUCCUCCUACUGUCUUUUAUCUUUCCCUUUCUUUCUCACUUCCUCCUCCUCCACAUUUUAUUAUUCUACUCUUUCUCUUUUCUUCUAUAUUUUUCCUUACCUCUCAUUUUUGUAUUUCUUUUCCUCUUUUUUUCAUUUUCAUUCUCUUUUUCUAUCCACUCUUGUCUUUCACUUUCUUUCUCAUCUCUUCUGUGUCUACAUUCAUUUUUAUUUUUAUUUUCUCUUCCUUUUAUUUCCAAUGCUUUUUUUCUAUCUUCACCUCCUCUUUUUAAAUGUCACCUUCAUUGUCUCCUCCUCCUCUGUCUCGUUUUUUUUCAUCUCCUUCUUUCGCCAUCUUCCCUUCUACAUUUCUCGUUUCUCAAACCCUUCUUCCUUUUACGUUCACUUUUGUCUUUCAUCUCCUUGUCUUUUUUUUAUCUUUCAUUUUCCUUCUCGUUUUUACCUCCUUCGUAUUGUUUUAAUGUUUCCUUUUCUCUUUUUCCUCAUAUCUUUUCCCUCUCUUUCUUUCAUUUCUUUCACUGUUUUUUUUUCUUCAUUUUCUUUUUUCCCUUCUCUACUUGUUUUUUCUUCGCAAUACUUCGCAUCUCUUCUUUCUCCACAUUUUUUUUUGUAUUAUUUUCUUUUCUCUUUCCACGAACAUUAUACAUCUCCCCUAUUUCUUUCAUUCACUUUUCGCCUUCCCAUUCUCUCUAUAUCUUUUAUCUUUCAUUUUCCUUGUCAAUAUCUCUGCCACCUCCAUUUUUUUUAAAAAUUUUUAUCGUUUCUCCAGUAUUUCUUCUUCACUCUAUUUUUUUUACAUUUUUUUCUUUCAUUUUAAGCUUUUCACCUCUUCUCCUUCUCUUUUUAUCUUUCACUUCGAUUGUCUCCUCCUCCUGCCGCCUCAACUACUUUCUCGUUCUUCUUCCCGCUUUUUUCUUCUCACUCUUUCCCUAUUCGUCAUCUAAUGUAUUUCUUCUUCUUUCUUUUUUUCAUGUUCAUUUUCUUUUCAUUUUUCUCUUUCCUUCCCUAUUCUUCAUUCAAUGUAUUUCUUCCAUUUAUCUAUGCUCCUUCUUUUUUAAUUCCCAUUCCCUUUUUUUCUUUGCCGCCUUUUUUAUCCUUUUCCUUCUCAUUUUUCUCUUUCUUUCGCUAUUCUUCUUCAUCCAUAUUUUUUUCCAUUUAUUGUCGCUUCUUCCUUUUUAA